GCGACCAUUAUCACGUGACGUCACAUGAGUAAAAUCUAUAUUUGGCAACAAAAGUUGGAAGCAGUUUACGAUCGAAGGAUGGUGCCGAAGUAAAAUGUCCUGAGACCUACGAAAAUGGCGGGGCAAAAGGUUCGUGUUUUGUACGAUUUCGAUGGCGAUACAGCUACCGGAGAACUGAUCGUUUCGGUGGAUGAAGUCCUCACCGUAACUCGUACGGACGUCGGAGAAGGAUGGUGGGAAGGAAUUACACAGAGCGGUAUAAAGGGUUUAUUUCCCGAAGCUUACGUUGAGGUCAUUAGUGAGCCUGUGGCGCCUCCCAUGCCGACAGUACCAAUACAGACCCCAUCUGCACCAUACCAACCCCCACCUUCAAAUGAUUAUUAUGAUGCUGAGGACUUUGAUGAUGAUUGGGACGAUGACACAGGCAGUAGUUAUAGUGGUGGAGACCCUCAGGCAUCGACCAUGCAGCGACGUGACACAGGCUCAUCAAUCCACCGCACUGGGACAGUUAGGAAAAGUAUGAACAGAUUUUCAGUGUUUGUUAAGUCAGGAGGAGAGGCAUAUGUUCUUGGAACAGCUGAAGAGAGUCUUCAAGUUCCACCAGAGGAGACAGUCAGAGUCAUUACAAGGAGUGGAGAGGGAGCAGCGUCCAUUGUAUGGGAACCCAGUUCUGCUCCUUUCACAUGCUCUGUAACAGAACCAGAAAAGAAGAGCAAGUUCAAAGGGAUGAAAAGUUUUAUAUCUUACAAUGUUGUACCAACAAAUACAAUGCGGCCAGUCAGUCGAAGGUUCAAGCAUUUUGACUGGCUGUACAACAGACUGGUAGAUAAAUACACUUUGAUCGCUAUACCUCCCCUCCCAGACAAACAAAUCACAGGCCGGUUCGGUGAGGAUUUUGUGGAGAAGAGACGAGAAAAGCUUGAGAAGUGGGUUGGAAGGCUUUGCCAACAUCCUGUUUUGUCUAAGAGUCCUGUUGUAAAUCACUUCCUGACUUGUGCAGACAGUGAAAAGGAAUGGAAAGCUGGGAAGCGUAAGGCUGAAAACGACAAGUUCACGGGAGGAGCGUUCUUUCGAGCCGUUGAAUGUCCACCAACUAAAUUAUCUUUAUAUGCCAUUGAUAGUCACAUUGACAAUUUCGGCAAGUUUGUUCGUUCGAUGGAGGACAGUGUCAAGAAUAUCGUGGACAGGGGUACAACACACUGUGAGAAAUGUAUUGGUUCGUACAAGACGGAGUACAAGAAAAUCGGCGGGACUUUCACGGCUUUGUCACAGUCGUUUGCCGUCGACGACAUCACUGAAAAUUCGCAGGCUCUUACAAAAGCAGUUGAACACACAGGAAAAACAUAUGAUGACAUUGGAGAGAUGUUUGCAGAACAGCCUAGGCAGGACUUCCUUCCUCUCAUCGAUGGUCUAAAAGAAUAUUCAGGGAUGUUGUCACAGUACCCAGAGAUUUUACAAAUACACAAGGGGACGAUAGGAAAAGUCAAGGAAUGUAUAAAACUUAAAGAGGAUGAGAAAAUGGAGAACGGAGUAGUUGAUACCGUGAGCUCGAGGGCAGAUACCAUCACCGCCGUGUCUUUUGCUGAAAUGAACCAUUUUCACCAAUUAAGAGUUGCUGAUUUUAAAGUCAUGAUGCAGAGUUUUCUCCAGGAGCAAAUAGCUUUCCACCAAAGAAUAAUACUAAAACUUCAAGAAUCCCACGCGAUGUACGACAACAUGCAGUAAAGUGAUUGGAUGGGACGUCACCCUGUGACCGAAAACCCGCAACAAGCAGCGAACCCAACGUGAUACCGACAUUGAGAUUGUGUAGUUUAUUUGAUAUUUUAGUUUUUUUUCUAAUUUUAUAGUCUCUUAUACAAUGACAAAGGAUAACCUAAAGAAAAAGGAGACUUUCUUUUUCCAGUCACUAGGUUUCCGUCCCCUUUUUUUCUAGGAAUAUUCGAAAUCGUUAGAGAAGUAAAGAACGGGAGCCAUUCUCUAGAACAACAUAAAUAAUGGAGUAUUAUAAAUUAGGCAGUUUUAGUGUUUUAAAAAUUAGUUGUUGCAUCAAAUUAGAACUAUGUUGGACGUGGCAUUCAAGUGGACAACACAUACAAAAAAAAGUGCAAUCAUAUGCGAGAGGGUCUGGGUUCUUAAUGGUUCAGGAGGCUGGCCCUGUGACGUCAUUUAGUGAACAGACCUUUUGACAUUUAGUGUUGUACUUCUGGUUAGAGUGGUUCCCAAAAACCCAUGAAGUGAAAAGUAUUUUUACAGGGAUUACUGCUUACAAUAAGGCGAAUUUAUUCGCUAAGUGUUUCGGCGGAUUUUUGGGAAUCACUCUUGCCCUAGUCAUUCCUCAUGCCCUUACUUCUCAAUGUAACGAGCAACACAAAAACAGAGACCCCGUUGUGUCCUUUGGUUGUAGCCUGCCUGUUGAGUUACCUUUGUCUCAAUAUUUGGUCGUCUCCAAGCAGUUGCUGCCGUAAAAGCUUCAUGAAAACCAUUGGUUUUAAUAUCACUAACGCCUGUAAUGCGCUACGAAAUCAUGAAAUAACUAUUUUAAAGAUAACAAAUAAAUGAAUAGCAACUAUG